GGAAGCCGCGCUGGUGUUUGUCCUUGUGGGAGAGACGGAGCGAAACCCGUCGGGUGGGAAUAAAGAAGCAAUGAAGGGUUUCGGCCGGAGUUCCCCUCCUUGCUUCCUUUAGCGGCCACGGAAUGCCCCUCGCGAAGCCUUCGGCCCCUUGAUGAUCCAGGGGAGACCUUCGCCUCGGCUCUUGUCCAUUCCCCACGCAGGUAACUUCAGCAAGACAAAAGAUGUCUCACUCCGAGAGGCCCCAUCGAGAUAAAAAUUACAUGUACAAAGAGAACUCUGGGUCCCACAGAUAUGUUGAUGAAAGAAGUAUAAAACCUUACCCAGCAAGUGGAAGGUUACCACCAGGUACAUUUGAUCAUUCAAAGCCUUCCAUGGCUGUUGCAGAGCCGUAUCUGAACCAGCCAGUAACAACUGAUGGAGGCGCUGAAUCCCUGCCCGAGUCUUAUCCACCCAAAGAGAUCUUUUCUGAGAAAUGCUCAAACCUGUGCUCAAGAAGAGGCAUCCUGCAGUUUGUUGAAAUCAUCGUCAACAUUCUGGUGUUGGUUUGCAUCGGAGCAACCCAGGCAAGCAUCUCUGGCUUCACCUCUAUGGGAGGGCUGGGCUCUUUCAACCUCAACUCAGCCUAUAGUCCAUUUGAAGGAACUGAGCUCCAAGAGGUGAGGGAGCUAGACAUGCAGUACAGCCAAAUGAGAGCACCUUGUGUGUACGGAGGUGUAGCGUUCAGCCUGACCAUGACUUGCCUGACACUCCUCUUCCUCGUCAGUGGAGCAAAGCCUCUUCCUCGUCUCUCAGCCCGACUACUUGCUGUAGAAUUCAUCUUUGACGUUGUUGCUUCCCUUGCGUACAUUGUGGCCGUUGGCCUCUACCUCCACUUUGUCAUGGAAGUCAAUGCAACGGAUGUGUGCAAAAGGAGGGAGAGACUGUAUGCAAGAAGGGGCUAUACAUCAAUGAACUGCAGCGUCCAGGGUGGAGAUGCAUCAGUGGCUCUCUUUGGCCUGGUGGCCGCUUGCCUCUAUUUUGCAAGCACAGUGGUCUGUGCUCUCACCGUUCGGAGCCUGCGGGAGUUUCAGAGGCAGGAAGCCAAGAUUCAUUACAACCUUGACAGACCUUUCAGAGAGAGAGAGAGAGACCGUCCCAAGACCUAUCAGAGCCCAGAAGUCAACCGUGCUGCAGGCACCUUUGCCACCCUUGUGUAGUGAUCAAACUAGAUUUUAGUUUGCAGAGUUGGCUGGUAACAGUAGUUUACUCCUCUGUUUCAAGGAAGAAACCAGUGAAAAGAGCCACUUUGGAAAUGGAUGGUUUUUGUGGGCUGCAGUCUGUAGCCACGUGGUACUAAAAAUCAGAAGUGUAUCUUGAAAGCAAUCAGCUCCUAAAAGCAGGCUGAAUUAAGUUUUAAAAAAAAACACCAUACAUUUGAGCAGGUUUCCUUGUCCUGUGCAUUUUUUAAAAAACUAAUUCUUAUAACUGGCCAACCUGUCCUUUAGCUUGUCUUCUGAGAUGAGGGGAGGGGGUCAUGUAGCUCACCAGUUACUGUUGUACUACUUGUUGUACUACUACAGCCACCAUCUGCGAGCCAUGCUAACCCGACUGAUGGCCAUCGGGAGUCUAGGUGCACUGAAAUCUCCUGGGACAUGCCAUAGUGUGGGGCCCAGGAGGCUAUGAGGAUAAAAGGGAAACAAUUAAGACCUGCUGAGGGGAGCUGUAAAUUGGCACCUUAAGGUAUGUUGGUAAAUGAUUUGGGCUUAAAUAACUUGGUGGAGCAAGAGUAGACAACUCACGAUUCUCCAGAUUUUGCUGGGCUUCAGUUGCCACCAACAUGGCCAAUGGUGAGGAGUGCUAGGAACUGUAGUCCUGUAGCUUUUGGAGGGCAGUACUUUGUCUACUUCUGUUAUUAUAUCCAGAUAUAUAAUAAGGGAUGGCUGGAUCCAGUAAGCUUAAAGGUUAGAAGAAAAGGAAGAACCAGUGACAGAUGGCUUGCUUUGAACAUGCUCUGCUUUCAGGGUGAUUCUCCUUUUGAAGGCCUUCUUACUUGACCAGUCCAAGUCUAGAGCAAAGAUAAAAAAAACACUGAGACAGCUGUGAACACAGGUUACUUAGUCACAAUCACAGAAUAAAAACUAGAUUUGCAUCUGUUUAUAUUAAGAUAUCAAUUACCAUACAAAUUUGCAUGCUAUCUUUUGGCAGUGUGUUAAAUGACUGCCAUAUCUGUUUUUAAUCCCACUCUUCAGGAGGAGAUUGCAGAGGCUGGCUAAAGUGCAUUUGGUUCAGUAAUUUUUCCAGCAGUAGGCAGAUGUCUCUAGGCCAGGUUAAUAGUGGCAACUACACCAUCUUCUCCCCAACAAAAAAACAGCACUCAAAAUUUGUGAGCGCACGCCGACAAGUGCCACAAAUCCUUCUCUGUAUUUGCCCAUAAUCUCACCAUCACCUACGCUAGCAACCAUCUCAACAGAUCAGAUGAAGAAAUAAAAAUCUCUAAUUUAAAAUUAUGCUGUUAGCUACUCACUGGUUAACUAAAUGUUAAAGGAAAUUUAUUCCUCUUCAAGUUAUGCUAUGGUACCAGGACUGUAUCAGAUGGAGAAAGAUGCUAGAUUUAUUGCAUUACCUGUACAGGAGUUAUGCUUGGUUCUAGGCUUCCACCGAGUAGAGAAACACCAAAUUAAAAAGGCAGCCAUGCCGGUCCAUGAAAAAAAGAAAGCAUAAACAAUACUUCAACAUAUUUUAACUAAACAAACCACACAAAAUCUUGGCAGUACAAACAUUCUGCAGAAUUCUAAAGCUUGAGCAUUUUUGUUGCAUGUGGGUUGAUCCUAAAGAGGCAGGUCUCUUAAUGUGUAUUUCAUGCCAUCUUUUAUUACCUGCUCUCCAGUUUUUAGUUGCCAUCACAGUACAGGAGACAACCUAAUACAAAGCACAUUUUUUUUGAGAAACUGUAAUUUACAUUGCCCAUAUCUGGGGAAAACUAAGAGAGAUUGAUUGGCUGCCUUAAUGAACAUAGGCACCAAGGUUUUAGUCAAUGUGAACCUAUACCUUGAUGCCCCCAAACCCAAGCUUCUUAACCCUGAUGAUUGGGCUCCCAGGUCUUGCCCCCCCCAGGUCGCUCCCCUCAUCCUUACACACUAUGUUGGUAGGGGAUAGUGGAAUUUGUAGUCAUAGUGGAGGGUGCCCAAGUUAGAAAGACAGCUCACAAUGAGGAGCUGUCAAGUUGAUAUGUUUUUAUGUGACUCACUCUCAUUCUUUUAACAUUAAGGCUAUUCAUUGCAAAACUUUUUAAAAUCUCUGUAUUUAAUGGGAUUUUUAAAUCACUGCUUUUUAAUGUAUUACUGGUUGUUACUGUUUUUUGUUUGCUACCUUGGGAGUCCCAGCAAACAAGCAGGAUAAAAAAAUGUUGGCAAUAAAGAAAUGUACAAAGAAGG